AUGUCGCCUCUGAAAUGGAUUCCACGCGCACGCUACGCUUACAUCGCGAAGACUUCGGUGCUUGCCUCACAAAGGCCUUGCUACUCGACUACAGGACUAAACAGCGACCAUGGAUCCUCGCCAGAAGCAAACUCAGACCAUCCAAUUCACACUGUGAAUAAGGAGGAGAUUGCAAAGUUUGCAGCCAUGUCGGACGAGUGGUGGGCACCACAGGGUCCCUUCAAAAUGCUGCAUCUCUUCAACCCGCCCCGCGUCCGUUAUAUCCGGAACCGGCUAGAGGCCUCAGGGGCUAUCUCGAAUGCCAUGACCAACGACAGUACAGACAAAGGGAAAGCAUUCUCCAGCGCACGCUUUCCACUCCAGGGCCUUUCGAUCGUCGAUAUUGGAUGUGGUGGAGGUUUACUGUCGGAGGCAUUGGCAAGGCUGGGAGCGCAAGUGACAGGCUUGGACGCAUCGAUGGAGAACAUUCAGAUGGCCCGUCUCCACUCUAAAAAGGAUCCAUUACUCAAUGGAGGAGGACCAGGGACGCUGGAAUAUCGCCACCAAACAGCAGAGCAAUUACUGGCAGAGGGCCGUCAGUUUGAUGUUGUGUGCUCAUUGGAAGUCAUUGAGCAUGUCGAUAACCCAGCUGGCUUCCUCAAGGUUCUUGGAGAACUCGUCAAGCCUAACGGCGAUUUGAUUUUGUCGACAAUUUCACGAACUGCGCUAUCAUACUUUUUAACGAUUCUCUGUGCGGAGCACCUGUUGAGGAUGGUCCCUGUGGGCACACAUCAUUGGUCAAAAUUCAUUACUCCAGAUGAACUGAAGGCUGGGGUUGAAGAUUUGGCAAAGUGCCAGGUGUUGAACAUCCAAGGAAUCGGCUUUAAUCCUUUGGCGGGACAAUGGGAGCUGACAAGGAGCCGCGAUGGUAUGGACAUCGGCAGCGGGGGGUUGCUGUCACUGCUUGGACCAUCGUUGUCAGAGGCGUCAAACUAUCUCUUGGCGGCGAAAAAGGUUCCUAGCGCAUAA